AUGCAGUGUUCCAUGCCGUGGUCGCUCGCAUUGGACACUUCAGUCACUAUCCUCUUUCCUUUCUCUACCUCCCGAAGGGAACUUUCCGAUGCCGACUGUGAUGGUCAACUGACCUUAGGGGAAUUUUGUGUCGCAAUGCACCUUGUUGUUUUGCGCCGAAAUGGUAUGCCCAUCCCCCACACACUUCCGUCCGUGUUAUUGGAUGUGAUCACCAGUCAGACACUCUCCACAUUAGCCGUCUCUGAUAAAUGCGUAGGCGAGACUGAUCCAGCACCUACAUUGAGUGCAACGGCUGACUCAAUUCAGUCCGAUGCUCCCGCCGAUUGGGAGUACUGUCAAGCUUCUCCCACUUCUGGAACCAAAUUCCCGCAGGGUUCAAUGACCACUGCUACGGCGUUCACCCCAGCUUCAUGUCGACAGCGACGAUGGUCCGUCUCCAGUCAGAGUGACAUCUCAUCUUUGGCCGAAGGUAUUAUUCAUUUUGACGCACGUCCCAAUCCAAGUGCCAAGGCAAGUUUGGACACGUUGGUGUAUAAAAUCUACUCGAAUGAUCCCUAUGUAUCCUGUUGA